ACUCGUAAAAACCAUAAACAAGAAGGACUAAACUGCAUAGUAGCAAAGACCACCGUUGGCUGACGCUGCUCCUUCCUUCCUCACCCCCUCCGCUGCGAUUGAUCCCACGAAAAAAAUCCACCAAACCUAGCCCUAGCUUCCUCUGUCCUCCAUGGCCAACAGCAUCCUCCCCCGCCGCAUCAUCAAGGAGACGCAGCGGCUGCUCAGCGAGCCAGCUCCAGUGAUCAGUGCUUCACCAUCGGGGGAGAACAUGCGCUACUUCAAUGUUAUGAUCUUUGGCCCAGAGCAGUCGCCUUAUGAAGCUUCUCUAACGCAAUCAAACGGUAUCGCUGUUAUGACUUCAAAAGGUAUUCUACAACACACUGUUCAAUGGGAAAACACUGCAGCCGCAGCCGCUGUUCUUACACUGCUAGGAAACAGUGGAAUCCGAUUCGUCCUACCAGGUAGUUUUAUUAUGAGAAGGAGAUCUGGAUCUACCUUCGUGAGCAAUAACAGAGCUCCAUUAGCUUCCCGUUGAAAACAUUUAAUACGUAUUCAUUCUCUCUCAAGAAUAUGUGUUUUCUCUCUAUUUAUAUAUCCAUUCAACCAUAGGUGGUCAUCUGCCUUUGGGCCUGCAGUCGUGGGGAGGUACAUGAUGUACUGUUAGAUCUGCAGUUGUCAAUCCACAAAUGGAUAUAAAGGUGCAGCAUGCGCGUCUGGACGCUCGUGAUGGCGACCUGCAUGCAGCCGGACUGGCACGAGAGCUGCCCUUCUUGACGUCUGGCUGUAGCCCGUAGACUUUCCAUGAUUCAACAAUUGAAGGGCUGUACACUUUCCGUCCUUCUUGAUGUCUGUCUGGAGUCCCGCAGUCUGCUACAUGGGCUCGAUGGACGGUCCUGAUAGGAGCAGCAAGAUGCUCGGGAGCAACUGAAACUUUUCCUUCAAA